AUGGAAACAAAAGAAGGAGGUUAUGUAUAUGGAAUUCUUGGCCUGCUCUCGUUUAUUUCAGGUCUCUUUUUACUUGCUGCUUACUUUAUCUUAAAAGGAAUGCGAAAACACCCAGGAAUGCUUAUUCUUGGACAAUCCCUUGCUCAGACAAUCGUAGAUUUUCAAUGAAGCUUUUUUUCAUUUCGGUACUGAACUCAGAGCGAAGUUCCGGGUUCCAUCUUUUGCUCUGUAAAUGGGAUAAUUACCUUAUAUUUCUUUUUUGUAAGCUGAAACUACAGUUUAUGCCUCAGUCAUGAAGUUUUGAUUAAAAUCAACAACCCUAUGGAUAGCAGCUACAGGAAGAGAUCUCCCAUAUAUCACAUUGCUACACAUUCAAUAGGUCUUAUUAUAGCCAUUCUAGUUAUUUCCCUAGAUAGCGCUGGGGAAUCUGUCAUAGGAAUUUGUUUAAUUAAAAAGGGGUCAUGGGUAAACAAUAUUAUGUUUAUUCCUUUAUUCACUUAUUACCCUUUCAGUAUAGUGGUAUCUAUCAUGUCUAUAUAUAUAAUCACAAAAACAACUUCAGAGAGCUUCAAGACCUUUUUAAUCAAGCAUUCAGUAUUCCUCAUCGUUUAUACAGUGUUUUGGCUACCUGUAUGCUUGGACUUAAUUUUACAAGAAGACUUGUUAUCAGAAAAAAAUCUAUGAUUUAAUCAAACUGCUAUGGUAUUUGGCUGCUCCUCUGGCCUUGCAAUUAACACGGUCCGUUUAACGGAUCCUGUAUUUAUAAGAUAUAUAAAAAAGCGAUUAGGAUUUUCUAAUAAAAUGAGCAGAAGAAAUACAGUUGCGAAGCUGAUAGGUGACCAUCGGGAUUCAGGUGUUUCUUUAGCAGAUGAGUCUUUAUUAACAAGAGAAAGCAUUUAUGAGUCUGACUAUACGCAGAUUUUUUCUGCAAUGUUUGACGAAGCUGUUAUAAAUUCAAUAAUCUCCUUAAAGCUGGUGCUUUCAAGCGAAAAUCGAUAUGAGGAUAUCGAAGAAGAAAUGAUACUUCCUUGAAGGUAAUAUUUAAACAGCGAUGAUUAUUAUCAGCAAUCUGUUGAAUGGACGUUUGAUGGAAAUGAUUUCCAAAAUGAAGAAAUAAGUCCAUCGUUGAAAACUUAUUGUAAGGAAUAUUUAGUGGCUAGCUUUAAAUGCAAAGUUAAAGAGUAUGCACCAAUGGUCUUUAAAGAUUUAAGAAGUCUUGAAGGACUUUCAGAGACAGAAUUGUGCUUGUCAUUUGAUAUUAUGAGAAAUUUGCCAUAUAUUAGAAAAAAUUCUGGAAAUAAAGGAGGAAGAAGCAGCGCUUUCUUUUAUUUUUCUUUUGAUAAAAAAUAUUUGGUCAAAACUAUAACUAAAGCUGAACAAAAAGUGCUACUAGAAGUACUUCUACCUGAAUAUCAUGCUCAUAUAAAACAAAACCCUGAUAGUUUGAUCGCGCGCUUAUUUGGCCUUUUUGCGAUUUCUUUUAAUAACACCAAAUGCAAUUUAAUUAUCAUGCAAAAUAUUUUGCCCAGCUAUAAUAUGCAAGCUGUGUUUGACUUAAAAGGUAGCAAAGUUGCCAGACAAACAAUUUCACAUGUAAGUGUGAAAAGCAUAGAUGACAUUCUAAAUGAUAGAAUUUAUAAAGACUUGGACUUUCUUCACCUUAAAAAAUCGAUUUUUCUUUCUUAUGAGGAUGGUUUGGCUUUGAAAAAGAGAAUCCAUAGUGAUGUGCAGCUAUUUACAAGAUUAAACAUUAUGGACUAUUCACUGCUUCUUGGGAUAAGCUAUCAAGAAGUGGCUGUAAAAAACAGUUUUAGAGCUAUUGGAAAUGAUAAGGGAAAAGGAUAUGUAAUUGGAAUUAUUGAUUUUUUGCAAACGUAUGGGAGACUUAAAAGAUUGGAAACUUUAAGCAAGUCUUUUGUGAUGCCAGGAGUAUCAAAGUUAGAUAUUUCUGCUGUAGGAAGUGAAGACUAUGGAGAGCGGUUUGUAAAAUUCAUUUGUUCUAUUAUAUAUGAAGAAAAUAAUCAUCAAUGCCAAGAAAUCUUCAAGCCUGAUGUUUAA